CCCAGUUACCAAGUUACUCUGACGUUCUCUCGGGUAACGAAUUUUGAAAUUAUAAAAUGCCUGCCGCUAUAAACCAGACCGAGCUAUUUAUAGAGGGGUAUUGACUGCAGGAUUAACAGCUGGAUUCCCGGGAUGGGGUACACUAAGGUUGACCUACUCAGGAGAGGAAGCGACAGGUUUCUCAGAGGGCUUGGAGUUUUAAAAAAAAACGCAUCUUCGUGUUCUACUUACAUGGUUUUGGAGAUAAAUUUUUGCUGUUCUUGUCUCUUUGAACUUGUAUUACUGUAUUUUUAAAAUGAUUAAUCAUUUGAGUAGGGAUACGGAAUUAAAGCUAUCAGGUUUAUAUCGUAUAUUGGGGGGAGAAAAAUGAGUUGUACAGACCUAAUUAAUAAGCAUUGUUUUUCCGUGAGAGGUUGACUUGUGAGGUCUGUGACAACAAGUAACUUUUCUGUAAGUAGGGGUCUGCUGUACUUUGGAAUGCAUUUAUAUAAUUACUUAUCACCCUGAAGUAAUCAGAAGACCUUUACCAUACGCAGAGUGGUGUAGCAGCCACCUUUUUAAGUGCUUUAAAAAUGUCUAAGGCUUGGAUUUGGGGUGCAGAGGCAGAUUGGUCUUCGAGUUUGGAGGCCAGCCUGGUGUUACUAGCCUGUUCCAUUCUGUCCUGAGCUCCAUAGUGAGACUCUGUCUCAAAAAACAAAAACCAAAACAAAACCAAAAACUUAAGGAUGUGGGGAUUUCAAUACAAAGCAAAGUGAAAGCUGGUGUUUGGAGGGACAGAAUUAAGAGAAGUCACUGACACUGAUUUGAAGGGAUGGAUGCUUGACAUGCUUUUGAGAUUUCACUGUCCUUUCGAAAUAUCAGUGUUUGGUUACUAAGGCAAAAACAUCAAAAUCCCAAUUGUCCUGUCUCUCUACAAGUAGAGUUUUGUUUGAGAAGAUGAGUACAUGCUGUAUCCUGGGAAUCUGUCACCUACUGAGGCUUUAAAGCAAUGUGAAGUCAAACUUUACCACUGACAGUUUCGUUUUUAUUGUUGUAUUUGGAAGAAAAUUUGAGUUAAAAGAUUUUAGAAGUGUGUGGUAGUCAAAGUUAACAUUCAAGGAUAAGGAAAAUUUCUCAGAUUGAUUAGAAAGAAAGAAUGGGAGAAGAGAGAACUGAGAUGUACAGAACCAUUCAGAGGAGGAUUGUGGAAUGUAUAUUGGAUAUAUCUCACUUUUUUCAGUGAGACUCCUGGAUUAAAUUAUUUUUCUUGUUACUUUGUGACUGUCCCAAUGUGUAGUCUUGGCAGCUGACUUGGCUCUCAAUACAUUGCCCAAGGUGGCCUCGAACUUACAGCAAUCUUGUCAUAACCCUACAGUGUUGAGAUCAGUAAUUACCACCGUGCACAGUUCUGAACUAAAUGAUUUUAAAAUCAUUUGGUAUCCAUCACCACCUGAGAUUUAGAGAUUGUUUAUGUGUAUACUCUGCGUUUACUCCAGUUGAUGCCAGUAUCCAGCAAGCUGAGUUUGCCCUCACUGUAGUAAACCUUGUCCAGCUGCUUUUUUGAAUCCUUUUCAAAAUGUACUCAGCUGAAUUACAACUUCGUGCACUUGAGCAGUUCCCAGUAACCAUUGCCAGUGGAAGGAAUGAAUCUUUCUCAUCCCAGUCAUCAGUGGAAACCCUAUCAUUAAUGAGCAAACUGGAAACAAAACCUGAUCUUUUUGGCAUUCACUCCCACCCGUGACCAAAGACUUGACCACUCAAAAGUCCAGCUCCCUGUAACUACUAGACAUGGACACCGGUGUGAUUGAAGGUGGAUUAAAUGUCACUCUUACUAUCAGGCUACUUAUGCAUGGAAAGGAAGUUGGCAGUAUCAUCGGAAAGAAAGGAGAAUCUGUUAAGAAGAUGCGCGAGGAGAGUGGUGCACGUAUCAACAUCUCAGAAGGGAAUUGUCCUGAGAGAAUUAUCACUUUGGCUGGACCGACUAAUGCCAUCUUCAAAGCCUUUGCUAUGAUCAUUGAUAAACUGGAAGAGGACAUAAGCAGCUCUAUGACCAAUAGCACAGCUGCCAGCAGACCCCCAGUCACCUUACGGCUCGUGGUUCCCGCUAGUCAGUGUGGCUCUCUGAUUGGGAAAGGUGGUUGCAAGAUCAAGGAAAUAAGAGAGAGUACAGGGGCUCAGGUCCAGGUGGCAGGGGAUAUGCUCCCCAACUCCACUGAGCGGGCAAUCACUAUUGCUGGCAUUCCGCAAUCCAUCAUUGAGUGUGUCAAACAGAUCUGCGUGGUCAUGUUGGAGACUCUCUCCCAGUCCCCCCCGAAGGGCGUGACCAUCCCGUACCGGCCCAAGCCCUCGAGUUCUCCAGUCAUCUUUGCAGGUGGUCAGGACAGGUACAGCACAGGCAGCGACAGUGCGAGCUUUCCCCACACCACCCCGUCCAUGUGCCUCAACCCUGACCUGGAGGGACCACCUCUAGAGGCCUAUACCAUUCAAGGACAGUAUGCCAUUCCACAGCCAGAUUUGACCAAGCUGCACCAGUUGGCAAUGCAACAGUCUCAUUUUCCCAUGACCCAUGGCAACACUGGAUUCAGUGCAGGUUUGGAUGCAUCUGCUCAAACUACUUCUCAUGAACUCACCAUUCCAAAUGAUUUGAUUGGCUGCAUAAUUGGGCGUCAGGGCGCCAAAAUCAAUGAGAUCCGUCAGAUGUCUGGGGCGCAGAUCAAAAUUGCAAACCCAGUGGAAGGAUCUACUGAUAGGCAGGUCACCAUCACUGGGUCUGCUGCCAGCAUCAGCCUGGCUCAGUAUCUAAUCAAUGUCAGGCUUUCCUCGGAGACAGGUGGCAUGGGGAGCAGCUAGAACAGUGCAGAUUCACCCAUAAUCCCUUUCUGCUGUUCACCACCACCCAUGAUCCAUCUGUGUAGUUUCUGAACAGUCAGCGAUUCCAGGUUUUAAAUAGUUUGUAAAUUUUCAGUUUCUACACACUUUAUCAUCCACUCGUGAUUUUUUAAUUAAAAGCGUUUUAAUUCUUUCUCUGUUCAGCAGUUACGCUGAGAUAUCCAUAUUUAGUUUUAUAAGCUUCUCCCCCCUUUUCCUUUUUUUGGGGUUUUUUUGGCUCAUGAAUUUUUGUUUGUCAUGGAGAUGUAAGAGUGGAAUAUUAAUACAUUUCAGUUUAGUUCUGUAAUGUCAGGAAUUUUUCAAAAAAAAAUUAAAAGAUGGACUGGAGCUUUUUCUUUGUGAAUAGAAACUGGAUGCCACAGUGACUUAUGUGGGUGUUAUUCCUGUCUUGAUGUUAUUUUUAUACCUUUAAACCUUCACAGAGCCCUGGCUGGGUUUGAAUAGAAUUAAGAUUUUCUUCUGUUUUACCACUCCA